UAAAUUUAACUUUUGAAAUAUGGCCUCAUAUGAGGGGUGUACGCGACUUUAGUUGUCCCAUGUUAGUUCACUUUUGAAUUAUUUUUCUUCUGUUCUGUACAGUCGACAAAGACGGUAAAUUGAUGUAGUCAGUGUGCUGUACAUAAAAUAAGAACAUUUAGACAUUCGUUAUGAUUUUUCAUACCGACUGAAUGUAAACAUUAACUUGAUUUACAAAAUGAUUUUCAAAAUGUUACCCUUUCUCUGCUGCUUGCUGCAUAUCCUUUACGUACCAGAAUGCCAGGGAGGCUGUGCUGAGGUGGACUCCAUGACAGAGGCGGCAGUUGGACAAACCUUUCUUCUGGGAUGUAUAUCUUGUAAGCGAAGGGAAGAGGUUGAAGCCACGACCACUGUGGAUUGGUAUUUCAGGCCUCUGGGAGAGGAAGAGUAUGGCCAUAUAUUGCAUUAUGAUUUUCCUACCGCCACGAUCACCAGUGACCACUUUAAGUAUCGCCUUGAAUGGUUUGCCCCUGUGAAGACAAGUGAUACUCUGGUUGCCAGUCUACACCUCCACAAUGUCACCUUCAAUGACACUGGGACUUAUCGCUGCACCUUUGACCGCAUUCUCCACCUCCCAGUGGGUGACGAACCCCUCAGGAUUAUGAAAUACAUAGAACUUACUGUGUUGCCAGAAGCUAAGAGGGAGAAGACUGCAGUGAUAGGAGAGGUCAUGAUGUACGUGCUGAUUGUCGGCCUGCAGCUUUGGCUGAUUGUAGUCAUAAUCUACUGCUACAAAAAGGUUUCUGCUGAAAGAGAAGCUUAUGAGGCUCGGAAGGCUUUGAAGGCCUUGAAAAAGCAACAAGCAGACCUCAAGGACAACUGUGACGGGAUUAAUUUGGAGUAGCUUUUUGCUGGUUGUGACAUGAUCAAUAGUCAGCUCUUCUGAAAGAAUAUCCUGGAAUCACAGUUACCGUGGAAACAAAGAAUAAACCAGUGUGCAGUUAAAUUAGUUUAAUAUAAUGCAUAUACAUAGACAUUCAUUAGAAUGUAUAUACUUUUACAUGCAGUCUUAAUCUUGUUUAAUGGUAUAUGAACAGAGUAUAGGACAAUACUGAAUGAUCAAAACUAUUCAAUAUGUAAGAAUUACAAAAUCCUUGUGUAGUACACCACUUAGUUGUAGACCAGAUAUUUCAAAUGAAUGAAAAUAUUUUAGGUACAAUUAAUAAAGAUAGAAAAAUAAGUUUCCGUCAAAAUUUUUUUUUUUAGAAAAGUCUAAUAUAUAUAUCUAUUACAAAUCAUGAAUGAACAAUUUCCCUAAAUAGAAAAGAACAUGAAAUAACUGUUAUUUAAAAUAUAAAUGUUUUGAGUGUCUGAAAAUAUAAUCUCGUGUCUUUCAUUUUAAAGUGGCCCCAAAAAACAUUUGGACCCAUAAGCCAUGCUUAAAACUGUGAUCAUAAAAUGUCACAAAACUGCAUUUAUGUUAACAAUAGAUACUUUAAGCACAUGUUCCACGCAAAGAUAUUUUGUUGUAAAUUAUAAAACAAUAGGCAUGCUGUUCAAAAUUAAGACAAAAAAGUUUUUAGAUACUUUAUUCUGAUUGUCAGGUUCAUGUUCAUGGAUAAUGUGGUGAUGAACUACAUCUGUGGGAAGAGUAUCUAUGUGUCCUCAAAGAUAUCAUAUGCUUAUGCCCACUACAGAUUGUCUUGGAGCAGUCCCUUGAAAGGAAUUAUGAACAUAGUUAGGAGGAGUGAAAUUAGUUCUGAGAAGACUCUGUAUGACACAUCAACAAAAAGCUUCCAACAAAAAGUUAUAUUGUUAAAGAACCUAAAGAUGAAGGACAUGUGAAUCUGGACAGACAGAAUAGUGGCAGACUAAGGAAGACCAUCAACAGAUUGGACAGGUUAAUUAUGGGUAUAAUCAAGAAAAACAGACGAGAAACACUAAUAAUAUACAUUUUUUUGUAAAAUGUUUUGCUUGAAAAGUAUGUCUUCAACAUAAAUCUAAUUUUGUUUGACAUUUUGUAACGCAACUCAAAAAAAAAGUGUCCAAAUACUUUUGGGGCCACUGUAUAAAAAAAGUUUACUUAUGCAUUUCUUGUACUAGUAUUAGUCCAUAUUGAAUAUAAAUGCUGAAGCAUGACAGUUCAGUGUUUCACCAUUUAUGUCAUGUUAUUAAAGUUAAUGGGAAACAAUUUUUUAGUUGACUUAGAAAUAGUACUUAAUAUUUUUUUUAAAAAAACAUAAAACAUAAAGAAGGCAGGAUUACAUGUCCCAUCAUAUCAUCAAACUUAGAUUUAUCAUCAGGGCUCUGCAAGUAUGUUCAUCUAAAAUGAAUCUAAAGAAAGUACAUCCAAUCAUUCUAUCCCUCCGUGUGCCACGCCCCCAUCGUUAACCCCCAUGUGGAAUCGCCCUGGAGGUGCGCGACAAUCUCCGGCAGCUGCUGCGGAGGAUGACGGAGCUGAAGACUCGACAGGUGGCCAGUAGUGCUGAGCAACCUCCCGCUUAUUCUUUCUGAGCCCCAGAGGAUUCCAUCACAAACCGAAAGCCGGAAGAAAAAGAAGCUAAAAAAUCAGAGACUCUGAAGAUGUGCCGAUGAUCUUCCUGGGGGCCAUCUCCAUCUCCAUCUCCAUCUCCGCUGCUUCUUCCCCAGCUAGAUAUCGGAAGGAAAUAAAAGUAUGCUCCUCA